UUGGUUAAGGACGUUGCUAGGACAUCACGAACAGUUUACAAAUAUGUCGACUUCCUGAGGCGAACCAAAUGGCUAAUGUGGUCGUAUUAUUAUAUUCUUCGUUCUUUACACAUGUUUUACUCUUCGCUUGCUUGGCUUACACUCAAAACAUUGUCGUUUUCCAGCCUUCCUUUGUGAUUACAACGGGACCAGUGGUCACUGCAGUUUUGCUGGGAAACACCUCGGCUAUCUCUCUUAGCCUGAGGACAGUUUCUCCAUCCAACACAACAGGAAACAUUGGUUCUCCAUCAUGUGUAGCAGAAGAAACAAAUUGGAUCCUCACAAGGGAGCAGCUAGGAAAGACUGCAGUUCGAGUUCAUCUAAGACUGAAUCAAAGUCUGCAUUUAUGUGGCAACAAUGAUACAAACACAGACUGCUGUCAAAGAGCAUUGUGCAUCCUGGAAGCCCUUCAGGUGUCUGCCUGUGUGGACGGUACACCCCAGGCAUCACUGCUGAUCCAGGCUAAGAUACAUGCCCUGUUGGUUCCUGCUAAUCCUGGAUCUGAUAAUAAAACAGUUAUUCCAAACCAAGUGUACCAGCCCCUGGGCCCUUGUCCUUGUGACCUGACAUCCGGAGCGUGUGACAUACUCUGCUGUUGUGACACGGAUUGUUCCAAUGAAGAUUUGAAGCUGUUCUCAUCCCAUUGUCUGCCAGGACCCUUCGGUGGGCAGGUCUCUCCUGCUCCAGAUUAUCAGUGUUCUGUGCAGUCCACAGAAAAUUCCCCAGAUUGGUUUCCAUUUUUAUGUGUCAACUCUCCCCCUGAAAACAACCCUUACCUUGGUCACUUUUACAAGGGAGACACAAUUGCACCUAAGCCUGGUCCAUCAUUCCAAAGUCCAGUUUUGCCAGCUCCAGUCCCAGUUGAUGUUUAUAUUCAAGGAAAUCCAAUUUUCACAUUAAAUGGCAAAUACUUCACUGUUCCUCAGAAGGUCCUUGGACUUUGUGUAAACAAUGCUCCUGUAGCAUUUCUGAAAAAUUUCAACUAUGAGUGUACAACUCUGCUGCUCUCCUGUCCAACUGGAUAUCCUCUACAGACACUGUCAGGAAAUCUAAGCAUUAAAGUGAAGAAUGGACAAGGAGGUGAUGUCGUGGUGGAUGUAAUUGAUGAAGUGGCUGCUGAUACGAGUCCAUUUAUUUCCAUAAUAGAUGCAGUUGCCCCCUCAGAUGAGAUGCUCGUUUGUGAAAAUUUGACGUUAGCGCUGGAUUACAAGUUUUACUGGAGAGAAAAUGGCAUCACAGGCAUCACGCUGACAAGGACUAUUGGGACUAUCAUUUUAAAUAGUCUUGCAACAUUAACCACAAAGUAUUCUGCCACAUUUCUAAAUGGAGAAUUUUCUGGCGAGCCAAACUCAGGCAACCCAGGUUACCAGGUGGGAAGGCUUGUUGUUGCUGGAAUUGUGGAAGCUUUGGACAACAACACAGACUUAAUAAAAAGGACAUCAGUUAAUGUUUGGAAACCAGUGAGUGAUGGACUCUGUUCCACUGCUGGGAUGAAACCGGUUCUGUUUGGAGAGAAUUCAACAUCAGGGUGUUUGCUGCCUGUCAGCCGGCAAAAUCUAACUCAGUGUAGCCUUCUGAGAGAGACUGUUACUAACCUACAGGCAGAUUUGAUUGCAGCCACAUAUGUGGCAAAGAGUGGAAACCCAGAUUUUCUAACUAUGGCAGAUUGGAUAAACAUAAGCUUCCCACUGAACUCAAGCACAGCAAUGGAAAACAGCACAAGUACAUGUUACGAUAUUCCGGCCCACCUGCAUAUCCAUAUUUGGAGUGUUAUCACCAGCGUGGUAGAGGGUGUACCUCAGAGGGAAAUUCGUGCUUUGCAAGUCAGCAAUAGCCCAUCUAACUGGGCGCUGGACUGUGGUGGAGGUGCUAUCUCUUCAUGUGUGGACCCAGAGGAGCCUCAGUUGUUCUCCAUCACCUCCUCUGUCACAUUUAUUGACAUUCCUAUCAACACCAGACCACCAAAAACCAGGUUUUACAUAAACUUUACAGAAUAUGACUGUAACAGGAAUGAUGUGUGUUGGCCUGAACUCGCCUUUCCCAUCACCAAGUAUUACACAGGCGAGCCAUUUUCUCAGUCACUGGCUAAGGGCAUGAUCUUGGUUUUCUUCUUUAUCGUUGCCUCAGUUCUUGGCACCCCGUGGAGACAAAUCAGACAGGCGUGGAACAACUCUGCUCACUAAAACUCAGUGAUGAUGGUUUAAAGUGUCACUGAGGAUAAUGACACCUUUUCCUUAAUAACAUAGUAACUUACAUGUUUAUUCCUAUGAUUGUUGUAGGAGUAUAAACUGUUGUAUUUGUGAACCUUUUUGCAAUAAAAAUAUUUUUCUAUUA